AUGGACACAGCGUAUCCCCGCGAGGACCUCGGGGCCCUGAAGCCCCAAACGGCUGCCUCCGACGGUGCUGCACACACAGAGCUCACAAUGGGGCCACCGCGCGCCCCCCUGCCCCGCGACCACAUGAUCUGGUCCGUCUUCAGCGCGCUCUACCUGAACCAGUGCUGCCUGGGCUUCCUGGCGCUGGCUCACUCCAUCAAGGCUCGAGACCAGAAGGUGGCCGGAGACCUGGAGGCAGCUCAGCGUCUGGGCUCCAGAGCCAAGUGUUACAACAUCCUGGCUGCCAUGUGGACGCUGGUGCCACCGCUGCUGCUGCUAGCCUUGGUGGUGACAGGCUCCCUGCACCUGUCCAGGUUGGCCAAGGGCUCCUCUGCCUUCUUCAGCACCAAGUUUGAUGACGACGCAGACUAUAAUUGA